GCAGACCAUAGCAAAUGAGGAAAGUCAACCUGGUGAGAAAAGAAAAACAAAGUGUGAAAUGCCCCCAAUUAAAACAAACUCAAACUCUAAGGGGAAAAAAAAAACCCAAGUAGAGGUGUGGCCUCCUAUCCUGUUGGUGUUAUACAUAUAUAUUAUAUGUAUAUUUAUAUAUAGGGGAAAAUGCUUGGGAACUGAGACAGUCUUCUGUUCAAUCUCAGGCUGAAGGGUCAAAGAAAUCAGUCUUGGAAGAAACCUCAAAGGGACACCUUUGAGCCUCUUACUCCAGGAAGGACACCGGUGGCAGAGAAGGGGGUGUAAAGGAUGAAACAGCUUUUCUAUCUGACCCUGCUGCUGGUGGCUUUUCAACACUGGAGCUCAGUAGCUGCUGAUGAUUUCACAGAGAGUAAGUCCUCCAAGGGGUCCCCUCCCCCUGCCCCAACAAUGUGUAACUUAGACUGUGAAAUCACUAGGCUUUGUGAAAUCACUAGUAUUGGUGGAAUCCUAUCAAUUGUCUGUUCAUAUGAACCUACAGACCCCAGCUCUGUGGAGGGUACCUGUAAUGCCUGUGGCUUAGACGAGGAUUGCAAGUCAGUGAAUGGAAACUGGACCUGCCAAUGCAAGCAUAUCUCAGAUAUUACUGAUAUUGCCAACCUGAAACCCGAUCUAUAUUGCGAGGCCACUUACAUCAAGGUGUCUUUGAAUAAGUGCCUGCUGAAAAACCUGGGAUUUGAGGAGAUAUUCACAUAUUUGAAAGAUAGUUCCUGUUCUGGUUUUGAAGAGAAGGACAACCAGAGUUGGGUGUCAGUGGUAACUCCUGCUCGGGAUGGGCCAUGUGGAACCAGGCUAAUGAAAAACCAAACCCAUGCCAUCUAUAGCAACACCCUCUACCUGUCUGACAAAAUCAUCAUCCGGGAUACCAAAAUAAACAUCAAUUUCCAGUGUGCCUACCCUCUGGACAUGGAAGUCAGCCUCCAAACUGCAACCCAACCCAUUAUCAGUUCCCUCAACAUCAGUGUUGGUGGCACAGGGAUAUUUACAGUGAGGAUGGCUCUGUUCAGUAGCCCAACCUACACACUUCCCUAUGAAGGCUCUUCCGUUGCCCUCUCCACUGAGGCCAUACUCUACGUGGGCACCAUAUUAGAAAGAGGAGAUUCAACCCAGUUUGUCCUGUUGAUGAAGAAUUGCUAUGCCACCCCCAGCAGCAACGCCACUGACCCUUUGAAAUACUUCAUCAUAAGAGACAGCUGUCCACGCAUUCAGGACCCAACUAUUCAGGUGGAGGAGAAUGGGAUGUCCUUCCAAGGUCGAUUUUCAGUCCAGAUGUUCAGAUUUGCUGGGAACCAUGACCUAGUCUACCUGCACUGUGAAGUUUCUCUCUGUGAUAGCAGGAAUGAGCAGUGCAAGCCAACCUGCUCAGGGACCAAACGCUAUAGUGGAGAUGCCAUCAACCCAGCUCAGGUUCUGAACUUGGGACCCAUCACUCGAAGAGAUGCUCAGGCUGGAGGAGUCCUGAGUGGCAUCUCUAGCCAUGCAGGGUUCCUGACACCAUGGCUGGGCUUAUUCAUGCCCAUCAUCAUGCUUCUGGCAUCACAGUGACCCAGCUGAGAGAAACGCUGGGUUGGCAAAGAGCUGCUGCCCGUAGUCAGAGAAAAGAAGUUUCAGAGGCAGGAACUGGCAGCCUGUACUUCAUUCACUGCAGAGUGGGGAAGAGAUCCAGCAUUGGUGAACCUGGCAAAAUGGGGCUCUUUUCCUCAGUUGUUCUAUUUUUUUUUACUUUUCAUUUUUAACAAUGGUACUUAAAAAGAGUCUGUAACUUUAAAUGGGAUGCCUCACAUGCAUAUCUUUAACUCUUGUUUUCUGUCACUGCAGAAUUUCUGAAGUCUCUUUCAAUUAUGUUUGGAGACUUCUAGUCUCUAAGAUGUGUUAUAGAAAGAGCUCUGGAUUAAGAAAAUCUAAAAUUUAGCCCUGUCUUAGUACUCAUCUAAGCUUUAUGAGUCUCAGUUUCUUCAUCUGUGAAAUGAAAAUAGUAACAAUAAUGUGAUGAUGAUGAUAAAUAAUAAAUAAUCCCUUCCGUGUGUACUACUUUA